AGUUUAGUCAUCUUGGAAGCGUCGAUCGUUCUGGUUGUGUACAGCGCGUUGAGACGUUCUUUUGUGAUUUUUUUUUUGCUUUCUUUUGCGACGUCAGUUGCACUUGCGACUACUUUCCUCGGCAAAGAGGCAGAAGCAAAGCAACAACUUGAAAUUAUGAACUUGUUGGCCACUUUUACAUUGCAACAAUAACCGACAACAAACGAUUGCAAUUGCAACAAGUGCAAAGUGAGCAGGAACUUAUUCAAAUAUCGAAGAGCAGCCACAUUGCACGCGACGACAUUGACAAUAUGGAAUAUUUUAAGUGAAAACCCCCAUCCAACAGGAAGGAACUAAGAGCAACGGUGCAGGAAGAUUAAAUAUUCUUCCCAAAGUGCAAUAUUCUCACAUACUCCUUAAUUCACGCUGAUUUCCUCUCUUGGCGUAAAGUGAUCAAAGCAACAAUAUGCCAUAUUUUCCAAAUACCAAUAAAAGUCAGCAUGUUAAAAUGACAAGCAGCAACACGUCUUUAGACAACACCUCUGACCAAGAUUAUAGCGAAUUUUUGAAUGAAUAUCAGACUAGUUCGCCAAACAAUGAACCAGAAACACAAUACGAAGAGGGCGAGUUAGAAGCUGAGUGGCUUGUAGCGGCAGGUUUUCCACAACUCACGAAACCAUUCGAACAGGGUCUCGAAUUGCGUACUUCGCAUUUGGAACCGAUCCUUGCGACACUAUCCACCCAUCAUGCCGAAGCCAUCAAGCAACGCGUCCGCGCUUUGAAUCACACAGUACGUGGACGGACAAAAAAUAGACAAAAGCGCAAGCCAGACAUUAGAGAUGUUUUUCGAGAUUUUGAUGAAUCGAGUACUGGAACACGGUCCCGCAGUGCAACACCAGACUCACUCGACUCGAUUCACGGCGAUGAAGUUUGGGGAAAUGCGUCCAUACCCAGUUUUGUGAGCAUUUUCGAUCAUGGCUCUGUUACGGACCCAGGAAAUGGUCACCAGACUUUACAGUUGGGUAAGAAUCAAAAACAACGACUUCGACGAACACCUAGCGCACCACUUAAAGGUUCACAAGAUAUUUUUCGGGGAUCACAUGUUCGUUGUGAUAUUCCAAUGUUCGCUGCAGAAGGGAUUGAAUUAUUGGGCUUUUCACGAAUCGGCACCAUUCAUAUCCCUCGCAACCGGUCAGGCUCUGAUCCAUCUUGCUCAGUAGGACGUGUACACGGCGAACUUAUUCAAUAUGCGAACAGUGACAACAAUGCUUCAGGAGAAUCGAGUGAUGAAAGUCUCUCUAAUGCAGCACGUCUGUCAAGCGCAUCUUCCUCAGAAAGCACUCCACAAAAGAUAAUAAAUAAAAUUAAUUUAGAAACACCGCCACAAAGUGUACAAAACUCGCCUUCGUCAAAGGAUGGUAUCAGUUUUGAAAGUAUGUGCCGUGAGACCUCUAGUCAAGAUGGAGUGGAUGUUGUGGAUAGCUGUGACGCUUCAUUAGAGUUUUGUACCGAUAUAGAUACUAUAAAUGAGACAGAAUUGAAGCGACUACAAACUGUUUUUUGGUUAGAAUUAGCGGCAAUUUUUGACCGUAAUCAUGUGUCACUGGACAAGCGAAAACCGUUCAAGCGACGACGCAAAGAGGAAGGUAACCUCUUCGGAGUUUCUCUGAAUGCGCUUAUAAGACGCGAUCAACAAAUAACAGGAAGGGACUCUACGUUGGUGCCGUUAUUCCUUGAAGGUAUUUUAGAAGAGCUGACGAAACGUGGUGCUAGAGAAGAAGGUAUCCUGCGCGUCGCCGGGCACAAGCAAAAGACUGAAAUACUAUACAAUGAACUGGAGUCAAGCUUCUAUCAGAAGCCGAAAAAGUUUACUCAGCUAUUGAGCUCAGCCAGUGUUCAUGAUCUAAGUGCACUACUUAAGCGUUGGUUGAGGGAAUUGCCUCAACCGCUACUUACCAAUGAGCUCAUUCAGCUAUUCUAUCAAUGCCAUGCUUUACCCCUUUCGGAUCAAUCCAAAGCCCUAGCGAUUAUUUGCCAGAUGUUGCCGCAUGAAAAUCGAAAUACGUUACGAUCGUUGCUACGCUUUCUGAACAAUGUCAUUGAGCAGAAAGAAUACAAUAAGAUGAAUAUGCAUAAUGUAUCAACAAUAAUUGCGCCGUCAUUUUUCCCGCCACGUUACAUACAUCCAAUUGACAAGAAUAGCAUUGAAGAGCAAGUUAAGAUGGCUGCUCAGUGCUGUCGUCUUACUAAUAUGCUGAUAACACGUGGUGAGUCGCUGUUUCAAGUGCCAAAUUGCUUAAUUGAGGAUUCCAAAUCAAGUAAAACGCGGCAGGGUAAACGCCUUUUACAUAGACGCCUUAAAGCCACAACUUCGUUACUUCAUCCGAGUAUUAGCAAUAAUACAGGUGACACUAGCCACCAUCAUAUUCAUUUGCGAUCGAACCACCAGGAAAAUAGUCACCUAGUCAAUGUGGUGACUGUGGAUGGUAGGGAUACCGUCAAGCGUCAACAGUCAAUUAAUCCAAGUCAUGUGCACCGUCUAAUCAUUUGAUCCUUAUGGGGAGUAAGUUGAUCCAGCAGCAUAUAUGUAUGUGUGCAAAACUAUUUAGUUAAACUCUCAAGUAUGUAUAUGCAUAAGCAGAACAACACAUGUAUGUAUGUAGUCUUGCUUUUUGUUUAAUUGGAACAAAUAUUUAAAAGUUGCUUUAGAAAAAUUAAAAUAUGAACCUUUGCCCUGCUAUAUGUUUCACUAUCCUGAAAUUAUGUAUGUAUGUAUGCAUAUACAUACAUACAUAACUGUGCCGUUCAUUGAAAAUAGCUUAAGUGGCUUGACUUUGAACUAAAAAAAUAAUCAGUUUCCCUUGAGCAUUUUUAUAUUUUUACUAAGCUUCUAAAGGGCAUCUUGAACUACACUUUAAAAUAUGUUUGGGAACCCAAUGAAAUGUUGCUUUAAAGGGAAAACGGCCUAUCCUGACUCAGGCUACUUUAAUUGAACGACACAGAUAUGUAUGUAGGUAUUUUAGUAAAUGAUAUAUGAAAAUCGAGAUUGGAAUUUGUAAAACAUAAAAUAAGAUACUAUAUAUUUGUAAGCUAUAAUUGGAGCUUUUUACACAUAAUUUUACCUUCUGUGAGUACAUAUGGAACGGAAACAAAUUGUCACAAUAACAGUAGUUAUCGGCGCAUGUUGUGCUAUGAGUUCAUUUGAGACCCAAUAUUUGUGCUUUUAAUAUAAAUAUAUACAUAUGUAAGUGAUAUACAAACACUAUAUACAUACCUAUAUUCGCAAAUACAAAUAAAUGUGUACAUUAACAACAAUAAAU